AUGGUUUUAAACGAGAGCGCGCGCGCGGUGUCAGUCUCUUCCUUUCUCUCUUAUGUGUGUGUGUGUAACUCUCCAGUCUCACACUCGUUCGAGAUCGCGUUUUCUACCUCUCUCGCGGAAACUUCGAUGUGUACGUGUGUGCGCGCGUGUGUGUGUGUGUAUACUGAUGUUUUCUUUAGAGUGCGCGCGCGUCGGACUUUUCCCGAAACGUCGCACCGAGAAGAGAGACUUUUCUAUAACUGUUUUUCCAACGACCUUUUCUCUUUUCUCUGGAGUGAUGGUCUAUACCCUGAUCCCAGGACACUAACUCUAAUUUCAGUUUUUCACAAAAAUCAUCGAGCAGAAAAUUCGUCCCAAAAACAUCUCAUCAGCAUUCAUCAUCGCCCUCACAAUUUGAAAAGAGUUUGGAAGACGAGAGAAACGUUUCACCACGCGAUGUCAUCACUCGCAGAGCAACCACCACAAGCAGCGGCGCAAGAAGGUGCUGUUGACACCACAAUUACCACCGCGGCCGAUGCUGCUGAGAAGAAUAAAAACGACGACGACGUAGAAAUGAAAGAAGCAAACGACAACAUCAUCAUCACCACCACCGCCCCUGCUGCUCCUCCUAGUGCUGCUGCUGCCGAGAUUGACGACGGAGCUGCUGCCGAUGAGGAGGAGGAGGAUGCGGGAGGAGAAAAAAACGAACAAGAAGAAAAAGAAGAAAAAGAACAAGAAGAAGAAGAAGAAAGAGAGAAGUACGACCCGAAAGAAGGUCCGAAAAUACUCGCCAACGUACCGGACCUCCCCAGAAACGCUGCCCUACACAUGACGGAACAACAAAAGUACGCAUUGAGGCAACAAAUAGCCUCCUACGCGCACAUUUGUCAACAGCUGUUGCAAUUGACCCACGAAGCUGCAUUAAGAGACUUGCAAAUGAGCGCGCGAGGAGAGUACGACCGUCACGCGACGCACGCGUCUUCCGCUUACCCCCGAGAGAAACAACCGAAGAAAGAGAAACCGCACAAAGAGCGAAAAACACCAGCCUCGAUAUUCUCCAACACUGGAGUGUAUUCCGUUCCCGGGAAAGUUCGAUGGCAACCGACGACGGCACAGUUUGAACGUUUAGAACAGCUCUUCGCGAUUGAUACGACGACGCCGCAGAGAGAAAAUUUGAAACAAGUGACGGAAGAGUUGAGCGCGCUCGGCCCCAUUCAAGAGUGCAACGUGUAUAAUUGGUUUCAGAAUAAGAAGGCGAGAUUGAAGAAACGGGAGCAAGACGCGGCGAGGGAAAGAAUGGAAGAGGAAAUGAGAGCGAAAGCGGACCAAUACAACGCGCAACAACAACAAAUGGGAAACUUGAGUUAA